AUUCCAAGGGGGCUGCAAGGUGACUGCUGAGAUGGCUCAGAGGACAGACUGAUUCAAAAUGGAGCCCCUGACCUUUGAGGAUGUUGCUGUGAGCUUCACCCUGGAAGAAUGGUGCUGUUUGGAUCCUUCCCAAAAGAAGCUCUACAGAGAAGUGAUGCUAGAAACCUAUAGAAACCUGUCCUACAUAGAAGAAAAUGAAAACAUUCAAGAGGACUUCAGGAAUCCCAGAAGAAAUAUGAGAAAUGAAAUGUUAGAGUUACUGCGUGAACGUAAACAAUGUAUUAAGUGUGCAGAAUCCGUUCAACAGUCUCCAGAGAACAUUGUAAACAAGGGUACUCAGCUUAGAACAGCACCAUGUAAAAGCAAUAUAUGUGAUACUUAUGGGAAAACGUUUACUGAUGGCUUGGCUCUUCUAAUCCAUGAAAGGUUACACAAUGUAGUGAAAUCUCACGGAAGGAAAGAAAUUGGUAAAGUCUUCACUCCAUCUGGUACCUUUCACAUUCAUGAAACUGCUCACAUUAGUGAGAAACCCUAUGGAUGUACACAAUGUGGGAAAGCCUACAUUCCUUCCAGUAACCUUCAUAUUAAUGAAGGAACUCACAGUGGAGAAAAACCUUAUGAAUGUAAGCACUUUGGGAAAGUCUUUAGUCAAGCCAAUGGCCUUGAAAGAACUCACACUGGAGAGAAACCCUAUGGAUGUAAGCAAUGUGGCAAAGCCUACACUGAUUCAAGUGCCCUUCGAUAUCAUGAAAGAACUCACACUGGAGAGAAACCACAUGAAUGUAAGCAAUGUGGGAAAGCCUACACAUUUUACAGUGCCCUUCGUAGUCAUGAAAGAGCUCACACUGGUGAGAAACCCUAUGGAUGUAAGCAAUGUGGGAAAGCCUACACAUUUUCCAGUAAUCUUCGUGUUCAUGAUAGAACUCACACUGGAGAGAAGCCCUAUAAAUGUAAGCAAUGUGGGAAAUGCUUUAAUCAAGUCAAUCACCUUCAAAGACAUGAAAGAAUUCACACUGGAGAAAAACCCUAUGGAUGUAAGCAAUGUGGGAAAGCCUUCACUGAUUCAAGUGCCCUUCGAUAUCAUGAAAGAACUCACACUGGAGAGAAACCCUAUGGAUGUAAGCAAUGCGGUAAAGCCUACACUUUUUCCAGUACCCUUCGUAUUCAUGAAAGAACUCACACUGGAGAGAAACCCUAUAAAUGUAAGCAAUGUGGUAAAGCCUACAUUUUUUCCAGUUCCCUUCGCAGUCAUGAAAGAACUCACACUGGAGAGAAACCCUAUGCAUACAAAUGUGGAAAAUUCUUCACUUGUGUGAGUAACCUUCGAUAUCAUGAAAUAACUCACGGUGGAGAAAAACCAUAUGAAUGUAAGCAAUGUGGAAAAGGCUUUACUCAUGCCUGUUAUUUACGAAUACAUGAAAGAAGUCACACUGGAGAGAAACCCUAUGCAUGUAAGCAAUGUGGGAAAGCCUACACUGAUUCAAGUGCCCUUCGAUAUCAUGAAAGAACUCACACUGGAGAGAAGCCCUAUGAAUGUAAGCAAUGUGGUAAAGCCUACACUCUUUCCAGUUCCCUUCGUAUUCAUGAAAGAACCCACACUGGAGAAAAACCCUAUGCAUGUAAGCAGUGUGGGAAAGCCUUCACUAAUUCCAGUUCCCUUAAAAAACAUGAAAUUACUCACUCUGGAGAGAAACCUUAUGGAUGUAAGCAAUGUGGGAAAGCCUACACUGAUUCAAGUACUCUACGUAUUCAUGAAAGAACUCACACUGGAGAGAAAUCCUAUGGAUGUAAGUAAUGUAGGAAAGUGUACAGUGAUUCCAGUAACCCUUAUAUUCAUGGAAGAACUCACAUUGGAGAGAAACCCUAUGAAUAAGCAAUGUGAGAAAGCCUUCACUCAAUACACUCACCA